AUGCUGAAUACCAUCCCAAUUAACUUAGAUCGCUGGCUAGAGGAGAAUGGGCACCUCCUGCAACCUCCUGUGAAUAAUUUCUGUCUCCACAGGAAUGGCUUUACGGUGAUGAUUGUUGGAGGCCCUAACGAACGUACCGAUUACCAUGUCAACCCUACGCCCGAAUGGUUUUUUCAAAAGAAGGGUUCCAUGACCCUGAGGGUGGUUGACGAGUCACUGGAAGGCGAUGCCAAGUUUAUCGACAUCACAAUCAAUGAGGGUGAUUCAUACUUGCUGCCUGCAAACGUGCCUCACAGCCCAGUGAGAUACGCUGACACCAUUGGGAUUGUAGUCGAACAAGACAGACCGGAGGGAGCCAAUGACAAGAUGAGAUGGUACUGCUCGAACUGCAGAAUGAUAGUGCAUCAGCUGGAGUUCUACAUGGUUGAUCUGGGCACCCAGGUGAAGGAAGGCGUUCUGGCAUUUGAAAAUGAUCCAGAGAGCAGAAAGUGCAAGAAUUGCGGUACGAUGAACCACUCGAGGCCACAGAAGCCUUGA